GCACGGCCGGUCCCCGCGGCGGCUCCUGGCGGCGCGGCCUGCGCGCGCCUCCCGGGCGGAUUCCGGUCCCGAGCGCUGGAGCGUGGUAGGGAGCGGCGAGUGAGCGGCGGCGCGGGACGGGUUCAGGCGCGAAGACCCGGCAGGGCGAGCGCGGCGGCGGGCGUGGCCCGAGUCCUGCCUUUGUGACCAGGUGGCGUCUCCUCAGGACGCCCGCGGCGGCCCGGACCCCCGGAUCGAAAGGCCGCGGGACUCAACUCGGCGGGAGGAGAACGUCGGCAGAUGGGUGACCGGCGCCUGCCUUCGUGCUGAGGGAUUUCAUUCUGAUCAAGCAGACAGUUCAGGAUACCGAGUCCAAGGAUGAAUGUUCACCGCAGCAGUGACGGCGACAGGUUAUUGCGACAGGAGGCCAGCUGCCUAGUGGAUGAUACUUCAGCUGCAGCCCAAGAAAAAGAAACAAAUGGCUUGGCUUCAUCUGGUCUUCAUAGUCUUACUUAUCCCCUAGGUCCCAGGAAUGAAGACCUUUCACUUGACUAUGCGUCUCUGCCAGCAAAUCUUCAGUUCUCUCACAUAAUGCCACUUCCUGACGACAUCAAAGGCUCUUGCUUCCAAAAUGGGAAUAAAUGGAACCAUGAACCCUUUAUUGCUCCAGAAAGAUUUGGAAACAGCAGCGUAGGCUUUGGCACUAACUCCCAUUCCCAAGCACCAGAGAAAGUGACGCUUCUUGUAGAUGGCACACGUUUUGUUGUGAAUCCUCAAAUUUUCACUGCUCAUCCGGAUACCAUGUUGGGAAGGAUGUUUGGGCCAGGAAGAGAGUACAACUUCACGCGGCCCAAUGAGAAGGGAGAGUACGAAAUAGCCGAAGGAAUCAGUGCAACUGUGUUUCGCACGGUGCUGGAUUAUUACAAAACUGGUAUCAUUAAUUGUCCUGAUGGCAUCUCUAUCCCAGACCUUAGAGAUACAUGUGAUUAUCUCUGCAUUAAUUUUGACUUCAACACUAUCCGAUGUCAGGAUCUGAGUGCUUUACUGCAUGAACUGUCUAAUGAUGGUGCUCAUAAGCAGUUUGAUCACUACCUCGAAGAGCUGAUCGUGCCCAUCAUGGUGGGCUGUGCCAAGAAAGGGGAGCGAGAGUGCCACAUCGUUGUGCUGACAGAUGAGGAUUCUGUGGACUGGGAUGAAGACCAUCCCCCACCCAUGGGGGAGGAAUAUUCCCAAAUUCUUUAUAGCUCCAAGCUCUACAGAUUCUUCAAAUAUAUCGAGAAUCGGGAUGUUGCAAAAACAGUGUUAAAGGAACGGGGCCUGAAAAACAUUCGCAUUGGAAUCGAAGGUUACCCUACCUGUAAAGAAAAAAUUAAGAGAAGACCUGGUGGCCGGUCUGAAGUCAUCUAUAAUUACGUACAACGCCCCUUUAUCCAGAUGUCAUGGGAAAAGGAAGAAGGAAAGAGUCGCCAUGUAGAUUUCCAGUGUGUUCGAAGCAAAUCCCUCACCAAUCUGGUAGCUGCUGGUGAGGAUGUCUUGGAGGACCAGGAGAUAUUAAUGCAUCACCCGCCCCAAGUGGAUGAACUUGAUCGGCUAAAUGCCCCACUUUCUCAGAUGGCUUCUAAUGACUUUCAGGAUUAGGGCCAGCUGUGGGUUCACCCCUCACUGGAGCUCUUCUCAGUCUGGGAUGCCCACAGCCAGCCCUCCCAGCCUCCCCGUGGUCUGUCUCGCCCCACGCAGGAGAUACGCUUCUCCCUCUCCAUUUCCUUUCUCCCCUAAUUGACGUGUGCUUUCCGGUAAGUCCAUGCCUCUGGCAGGGGAUGAAGAAGUGCUCACUGGUAAUUAAGCUGCCAGCUUUGCAGCAGCCCUGGUAACUUGAAAAUUUUGGAUCUGGUGCUGUUCACUGAGUCUUUGCAUAACUGCAAAAGCAGGAAAGGAAGUCAGGACUCCUGUUGCCCCAUGUUUAGCAAA